AUGAACAUUGAGGAGAGGAGAGUUGUGGUAGAGCCCUUUGUAGCAUUGGAAGACAUCCCUUUGGACAAGAAUGACCCUGAGAAGUAUACAAGGGUUGGAGCAAAUAUGGAAAAGAAGAUGAAGCAAGAUCUUGUCCAGUUCUUAAAGAAGAGCAUUAAUGUGUUUGCAUGGAGUCAUGAGGAUAUGCCGGUAAUGGUCAAGAAGGCUAAUGGCAAAUGGAGGAUAUGUGUCGACUUGACCGAUCUAAACAAAACUUGCCCCAAGGAUAGCUAUCCAUUGUCGCGUAUUGAUCAGUUAGUAGACUUGACUGCAGGUCAUAGAUUGCUAAGUUUCAUGGAUGCUUUCUCUGGAUACAAUCAGAUAAGGAUGGAUGAGAUUGGACGGAAUGUAGAAGUAUAUAUAGACGAUAUGCUGGUGAAGAGUCUAAACAAGGGGAAGCACUUGGACGACCUGCAAGAAACCUUUGAUACGCUUAGGCAAUACAACAUGAAGUUGAAUCCCAGCAAGUGCGCUUUUGGAGUUGUAUUAGGAAAAUUCUUUGGAUUCAUGGUUUCGCAUAGGGGAAUUGAGGCAAAUCCUAAUAAAAUUCAAGCAAUACUGGAUAUGAAGCCUUCGCAAAAUAUCAAAGAAGUCCAAUCCCUUACUAGACAAGUUGCUGCCCUUAACAGGUUUGUUUCUAAAGCUACUGACAAAUGUUUGCCAUUUUUCAAGGUUCUUAAAAAGGUGUUUGAAUGGAUGGACAAGUGUCAGAAAGCUUUCCAAGACCUCAAGACCUACCUCACCGCAGCUCCCUUGCUGAGUCCCUCCGUGCCUGGUGAAGAGUUGUAUUUGUAUUUGUUAGUGUCCCCACAUGUAGAGGAAUUGGAGUUAUACUCAAAUCCCCGGAAAGGGGAUAAGUUGAAAUAUGCAGCCCGUCUACAAUACCAAACCACAAAUAAUGAAACUGAAUAUAAAGCCCUCCUCAAAGGAUUGGAAUUGGCUAAGUCCCUAAGGGCGGAGUCAGUUCUCAUCCAAGGGGAUUCUCAAUUGAUCAUUAACCAAGUGAAUGGAAUGUGUGAAGCAAAAGAAAGCCUGAUGAAGAAGUAUUUAAACAAGGUAAGGCAGCUUAUCAAGAAAUUCAAAGAAGCCAGUUUUGUUCAACUCCCGAGGGAGGAAAACAUGGAAGUAGAUGCCUUGGCGAAAGCAGCCUCAACAAGAGAGCCAAUGGACGAGUUUGACAAAGUCCAGUACAUGCCAAGCAUAGAUCUACCCGAGCUACAUCAAAUUGGAGGGGAAGAAAAUUGGAUGACGCCAAUAGUCAUCUACCUUAAGGAUGGAAGGCUUCCAGAGGACAAGGACGAGGCCAGGAAGUUGAGGAUCAAAGCUGCCAAGUAUGUUCUCAUAGACGAGGUGUUGUACAAACGAGGUUUCUCUCAGCCCUACUUAAGAUGCUUAGCUCCAGAUGAAUUGAACUAUGUAUUGAGGGAGGUUCAUGAAGGAGCAUGUGGAAACCAUUCAGGAGCAAGAGCAUUAGUCCAUAAGCUCGUCGGUGCAAGUUAUUACUAG